UAAAACUGGAACGGAAGUUCACUCCCUUCACUCUCUUCAGGAGUUCAUCCAUUGUCCUUGGUCGGUGAGCCUUCUGGGUCCUGCAGUGUGGCAGAGCUUACAGAAACCAGAGCCUGGAUCUGUGAGUUUGCAGCUAGGCGAGUUUCUGGAAACCUUCAGGGACACUUUAAAUCUACAGAGUAGAAACUAUUCUGCUUCAGAUCCACACGGCUAGAUGGGAAGACACACAAACAAAAUGAAAAAAAAGGGAAUAAAGUGCUCCAAACAAACUAAGCUGCUCCCAUAAGAGAAUCCAUCGAAGAAAUGUCAGAGAAGGAGUUCAGGAUGUAUUAGUAAAACUGUUCUACGACUUAAAGAAUUAUAUAAGAGAGCAGGCACAGGAAUUAAGCAGUAAAAUAACAGAUUCGCUUCAGGAGAUGAAAGAUCACUUCUGUGAAGAUAUAUUAGAGGUCCUGAAAAGAAAUAGAGAAGAAAUCCUUGAAGUGAAGGAAUCACUAAACCAACUUAAAAGUUCAAUGGAAAGUAUCACCAACAGACAAGACCAUUUGGAAGAUAGAACCUCAGGCAAUGAAGACAAAAUAUAUAAUCUUGAAAAUAAAGUUGACCCCACAGAGAAGAUGAUAAAUUGCGUGACAUUCCCUCACCCAGACACCAUGCCUGAACAGCAACUGCUAAAGCCAACCGAGUGGAGCUACUGUGACUACUUUGGGACUGAUAAGAAGGAUCCCCAAGGCAAUGGCACGGUGGCUGGGUUGGAAUUGCUGCUCCAAAAGCAACUGAAAGGCAAACAAACAUGAAAGAAAUGUCUGAAUUCGUCCGAGAGAGGAGAAAGAUUGAAGAAAAAUAUGCAAAGAACUUGGCUAAGCUCUCUCAGAACUCCUUGGCUGCACAGGAGGAAGGCUCCUUGGGAGAAGCCUGGGCCCAGGUGAAGAAGAAUCUGGCAGAUGAAGCAGAAGUUCAUAUCAAGUUCUCUGCCAAGCUUAACAGCGAGGUAGAGAAGCCCCUAAUGAACUUUCGUGAGAACUUCAAGAAAGACAUGAAAAAGUGUGACCACCAUAUCGCUGACCUUCGCAAGCAGCUCGCCAGCCGCCAUGCAUCGGUGGAGAAGGCCCAGAAAGCCCUCACAGAGCAGCAGAGAGACCUGGAGAUGAAGACCCAGCAACUGGAGAUCAAGCUGAGCAACAAGACAGAGGAGGACAUCAAGAAGGCCCGGAGAAAGUCCACACAGGCUGGCGAUGACCUCAUGCGCUGUGUGGACCUCUACAGCCAGGCACAGUCCAAGUGGUUUGAAGAGAUGGUGACCACCACUUUGGAGCUGGAGCGGCUGGAGAUAUCUGGCAACAUCUGUAUCAGUACACACAGCUGUAGCAUGAGACAGACAUGUUCAACCAAAGCACAGUACAGCCUGUGGACCAACUGCUUCGAAAAGUGGACCCGGCCAAAGACAGAGAGCUGUGGGUCAGAGAGCACAAAAUGGGCAACAUUCGCCCCGUGGACAUGAAGAUCUAGACACACCUGUGCGGCCCUGAGGGUCCUGCCCAGGAGAGGGGCUGGGGGUCCCAUGGAGAGGGGGUGGUGGCUCCCGCUGGGUGAAGCUGCCCUCCCACCCACUCUCCUGUCCACUGAGGAGAGAGGAGAGAGCUGGCAGUUCCAGAAGGGUGAUCUGGAUGGCUCAGCUGGGGAAUCCCAAAUAUUCCCAGGCUAAGAAGACAGACCUGCAACCCCGCCCUUGUCUCUAAGACUGAAGCCCCUCCAAACCCCGUGAUGUGCUUGUUGCUCUGAGAACAAACUGAAGCUGAAACUUUGUGGUCCCUGCUGAGUUCCAUAGGGGUGGCUGUCACAUACUUGUGCCCUUGGAUGCCCCAAAGCCCAUCCUCCAGCUGGUCCCUUUAUCUCUGGGGCUUUGAAGAUCAGGGAAGGGCUGUCUCUGCCUCUAAGCCAAUGUUAAGAACAGAAUCAUGGAUAGAAGGCGUUGUUAGCUCAGCCUGCACCUAGAAUCCUUUACGGCCCUUUCUCUAUUUUUUUCAUUGCAUUCUGGGAGCCCAAAUCUGGCUUUUCUUGGCCACUUUUCAUUCCCAUGGGUCUUGGGAAGGCCUGUUUUCUGUCUUCCCUGACCAACCCUGCCCAGGGAGGUCAGGAUGGAACUAACUCAUUCAGCAAAUUAGCCCCAAUGCAUGAUAAGGUUUGGACUGCUGUCCCUUGUAUGAGCACUGCAGACUCUCUCUUUGCUAUCCAGGCGUGUCCUGCCACCUGAGUCUCCAGCUCCUCUGAACUUUCCAGAGCCCUGCACCAAACCCUCGCUUGGUGCUAGCACCUCCUUUCCCUCUGUCCAUCUUCCCUGGAGAAGCCUGAGCCAAGUGACUCGGGAAACUUUUCAGCACUACCCCUGGGUUCAGCCCACCACUUUCUUUCUCUACUACAGCAAACACCAUCUACCCCAUCUUAGCCUAGAGAAUCAGCCUGAGGAGGCUGGGAGAAAAAAUUGACAAAGAACAGCUUCUAGCCAGAAACCCCUGCUCUGAGAGCCCAUCUUUCUUCAUCUUUCCCACUGAUGGCUUUCCGCUUGACCCUUCCAUCUCCCAUGGGGGCAGAAUUCUACGAGCACAAUUCACGGAUCUUUCCCUCCGUUUCACAUUGCUUAUAAUGGACGUUAAUCUUGAAUCCUUCAGCAUCUCUUCCAUUGAAUUAGAAUGGCUUUC